UGUAAACGGCCUUUCGACUAAUCGCUUUCAAAAAAGUUGGUCGCCAGCCAACAUUGAGCCCGUUCAACUUUUUUUACGUGCAACCCUGUGUGGGUUUGUUCCCUUACGCGCAGAUUUGCAUUUAAACAUGAUUUUGGUCGAAAAGUACAGGAACACAACUUUAAAUACACAAAACCAUUUCUUUUCAAGUGUGAUUAUUAAAAAAUGAAUAAAAUUGACAUAAUAAAGUUUUUGGAGUGCUACGAGCAGCACCCAUGUUUGUGGGAUCCCCGGAACAAGCUGUACAGAAACCACUCGUUUCGGACAGCUGCACUAAAUGCGAUGAUUUCAGAAUUGCAGCUGCAUCUUUCUAUUAGUGAGCUGAAAACAAAAAUAAAAAGUGUGCGAAUCAUGUACUCUAGGGAGGCAGCCAAAAUAGCGUCCUCGAAGAAGAGUGGUGCUGGUACCGAUGACGUGUACAUACCGAAGGUGUCUUGGUUUCAGGUGGCGGAACGGUUUUUAAAACCUGUAGGCGAAGGAAGGGCCACGGAAACCAACAUGGUGGAAAGCAGAGAAAGUGAGGCAGGAUUUUUUGAUGAUCACCCAUCAGGAUCACAAGUGAGAAGGCCUAAAAAGGUCACACCUGUUAAGUCCAAAUCGCAGGAUAUGGAGCCCAUUUUGCAGGCGGUAAAUAAAUUGGAGAACAUAUCUCACUCCAAAAUGCCUGAUGAGUUUGAGGUAUUUGGAAGCCAUAUAGCAAAUCAGUCCACAAAUAUAUUAAGUUAUUAUUUUUUACAUAAAGCAUAGACCUUUGUCUACAAGUGUGAGUAAAAUCUUUUUGAUUCGGGUCACGCGUUUGGGCCCAGCAAACAGAAAUCGUUGUACAAGUAACUAACCCGUACCCGUAGAUUUACCUGGA